AGGCAGCACCACCCAUAAUCAGCGUGGUUGUUGCUCUUGAACGCACCUCGUAACAUUUUCUCCAACAACAGGAGACGGAGGGGAAGUGGACGCCAAGCGAAAGGAUGACGAGCUAUCAACUGAGCGCGAAGGAGGACAUGGUGGAGAAGUUUCUGGAUGCUGCAGCAAGAGGAGAUAUGUCCCAGGUGUCAAUAUUGCUGUCCCACGUGCCCUCGCUCAUCAACCAGACAGGAUACAGCGGCUGGACCGCGCUAAUGCUUGCAGCUCGCAAUGGACAUUCUCAUGUGGUGGAGAAGCUGCUGUCACAUGGCUGUGAUAAGUUCAUAGUAAACAGUUCAUCACAGACCGCCUACGAUGUUGCCAAGUUCUGGGGUCACAAACACAUCGCUAACCUACUCUCCCAGACUGACGAUGGCUGCCGGCGAGUCCUGCAGGGCUCUGACAUCAGUCCGCAGGAAAACUACUUCAGCAGGGAGACGCUGGACCGCCUGAGUGGGAAGAGGACUGACAAGGCCUGGUUGGAGGCCAAACAAAGAGAACCAGAUACUGUCUACCUCAUAUUCUCGAACCUCAGCCCCAUGGUCAGCACAUCCCAGGAAGACGACGGCGCAGCGGUUGAGAGCAAACUGUGUCGGUUCAGAUAUGAGGCUGUUAAGGAUCUCCUACAGAAACCUGCAACUGUGCUCAUUUUCCUCGGAGUGGAGAAGAGGAAAAAUCCCUCCCCUUCCUCUCCUGAGGAGGGUAUCCGGGAGGCCCCUGCUUGGUUUGCUUUCAGCACUAAUGAAGAUGCUGCUGACCUUGUUAAACGGUGCAGGGAGAAGAACUGCUCCUUUCCAAAGAUGCCAAACAGAGACCUGCUGAAACUAAAUGAGGAAGAGGCCGGGAUUGUGGCUCAGGCUCGAUCGGUGUUGGCCUGGCACGGUCGCUACAGCUUCUGUCCGACAUGUGGCAGCAGCACCAAACUGGAGGAUGGAGGACACAAGAGAAGCUGCCUGAACUCUGAGUGCAGGAGUCUAAAGGGGGUCCACAAUACCUGCUAUCCACGAGUUGACCCAGUGGUCAUCAUGCUGGUGAUCCACCCAGAUGGAAACCAAUGUUUACUGGGAAGGAAGAAGGUCUUCCCAGCUGGGAUGUUUUCCUGUUUAGCAGGAUUUGUAGAGCCUGGGGAAACGAUUGAGGAUGCAGUAAGGCGGGAGGUGGAGGAGGAGAGCGGCGUGAAGGUCGGACCGGUUCAGUAUGUCUCCUGCCAGCCCUGGCCAAUGCCAUCCAACCUCAUGUUUGGCUGCCUUGCUGUUGCCAUAUCAACCGACAUCAAAGUGGAUGAGAAUGAGAUAGAGGAAGCUCAGUGGUUCACACGGCAACAGGUGAUCGACUCCUUGUUCAGAGGAGCAUCUCCAGCUUUUAACAUCCCCCCAAGGCAGACCAUCGCUCACCAGCUGAUCAGACAUUGGAUCGGCAUAAACGCUAAUCUCUAACAGAACACCUUCAUCACUCGACCUCCCGCCCAGCUGAGGAGGUUCGAUGGAUAGGAACGAAUUUGUCCCCAUUGAAUUGACUCACCACAUUCUUCAGAUUGUACACGUUGUGCUUUAAUAUCAGUUUACUGCGAAGCGACUUCCACGCAUGUACAACAAUCUCAGGUUUGACAUUUCACCUCGGAAAUAUCUGCAGUACGAUGAUUAAAUAUGGAAGAAGGAGCGUGCUCUUCUUCAUUUGCCCGGGUGGACAAAUGAAGAGGGCUGUCGUCUGCAAACAGGAGCAGUCCAGUCAACGCAACACAGGGCCACUCGUGUCAACCUGACAGUUUAACAAGAGCAAGAUUCAGUCCAGAAGUAGUUGUCAGAAACGGUAAUUGUUUAAAACAAAUGUAUUUUAAUAAAAGUUUGAUUAUGUAAA